AUGUACUUUUGGUUUCUAAUCCUAAGUCUCGCGACUGCGUCUUGUGUGCCAGACAAGUCAUGCAAAGCUCACCCAUCUCACCAAGGCUGGCCGUCGCCCGAUAUCUGGCGCAGCUUGAACACGACUUUGGGCGGCCAACUUAUCAAGCCCGUAGCACCCGGAGCGGUCUGUCAUCCAGAACAGCCAACGUACAACAAAAACGAAUGUGCAAAGACACAGGUAGCAUGGAAUACCACCGACUAUCACUGCAGCAAUCCAGUUUCAGUCCUCUUUGAUCAGUUCACAAACUUUACCUGCCUGCCGGAUCCGCGUUAUGCGUGUACGCCGGAUGGAUACCCAGCUUAUGUCAUUAACGCAACAGCAACUCGACAUAUUAAGAUUGGCAUAGACUUUGCUCGACGAAAUAAUGUUAGACUGGUCGUCAAGGCCACAGGCCACGACUAUCUCGGCCGGUCAAUCGCGCCAGGAUCCCUAUCUAUCUGGACCCAUAAUCUAAAGAACGUCACGUAUCAUUCUCAUGAAUUUAGGCUUGCCGGUUCCCACAGAGUUAUUCACGGAAACGCAAUUACAUUCGGGGCGGGCAUUCAGAUGCAAGAAGCAUACGCUGCUGCAGACAAGCAUGGACAAGUCAUUGUCGGCGGGCAAGGCAGCACCGUUGGAAUAGUUGGCUACAUCACCGGAGGAGGACAUUCUCCCCUGGGGCCAAUGUAUGGGUUAGCAGCCGAUAAUGUCCUUGAAAUGUUAGUCGUGACUCCCGGAGGCAAGGUUAUCACAGUCAACGAGGACCAGCACGCCGAUUUAUUUUGGGCCAUGAGAGGUGGCGGCGGUUCAACGUUUGGCGUCAUUGUUUCAGUGACAGUAAAAUCCUAUCCCUCACCACGAGUAACCAGUGCGAAAUGGGCCGCGUUUACCGAUCCGAAAAACGACAGUACGAAAUACAGCUUGAUGUCCUACAUUUCGUCAAAAAUUCCACAACUUAUGGAUUCAGGUUUGUCGGGCUACACAUUUCUAUCUUCCAAUAUGCCACUGCCAAUUCCAUUGCCAGAAAUGCCUUCGGAAGUAGCUGGCGCAUUCGGCACAGCAAUCCUUCAAGAUGUCUCUGACCCAGAUGCCAUGUCAAAGCUGUUUAAGCCUAUAAACGACACUAUUCAAGAAAAGUGGCCAGGAAAAGUCCAGUUCAUUACCAUGAUCAAUAACUACACGUCCUUUUUCGCGUGGUACAAGGACAACCAUGAUGCAGGACGCGGUGGUCGCAAUACCUUUGUUGCAUCAAGGUUGCUGGAAAGGGAUAUCCUAGAGAAACACAACCACAAUUUUACCGCGGCCUUGAAGAGAGCGUUUGAAGCAAAUACGCGGUUUGACAUCUUUAUGGUUGGUGGUAGGGGAGUAAAAGAUGCCCAGCCUAGGGGAGGCGAAAAUGCUGUUAACCCAGCUUGGCGGAAAGCCACUGUGCUUGCGAUGACAUCUACCGAAUUCGGCCCUUUCAACGUCACAGCGGAGCAGAGCGCCAUCAAAAUAUUAGACGAUGCAUUCGAGCCGAUGCGCCUGCUCUCCCCCAAAUCAGGGUCAUACUUGAAUGAGGCAUUCCUUUUCGAGAAAAACUGGCAGAAGUCAUUCUGGGGCGCCAAUUACGCCAGACUACUGAGCAUCAAGCGAGCAGUAGAUCCAACCGACGUAUUUUGGUGCGCGCCAUGUGUGGGAAGUGAGCAUUGGCGGGAGCAAAGAGACGGGCGGCUUUGCAAGAUUACGGAUAAAUAG